UAUUUCAUAGAUUUUGCGACAUUCCAAGUGAUUGUGUAACGAGGAGUAGGUACCUAGGAGGUGGUCAAAUGAAACCACUAUAAAUACACAAAUUUGCAGGAUGCGUGACAUCAGUCGUAACAAAGUUUCAUAUUGUCUAACAAUAAGUAGCAGCUUCUCUAGCAAAAUGAAAUCCAUUGUGUUAGUAUCUAUGUUGGUGGCUGCGGCGUGGGCCGCUCCUCAAGCUGCCCAGGCGCCCACGGAGCCCAUCCCGAUUCUCCGUCAAGACAGCCAGGUUAACGGCGACGGCUCCUACCAAUAUUCCUUUGAAACCGGCAACGGAAUCAGCGCUGACCAGAAGGGAGACUUGAAAAAGGUUGGAGACGUUGAAGCUUUGGAAGUGUCUGGUCAGUUUAAGUAUCCUGGUGAUGGCGGUGAUAUCCAGCUGACGUAUGUGGCUGAUGAGAAUGGCUACCAGCCUCAGGGUGCUCAUCUGCCUACCGCUCCCCCAGUACCCGAGCCCAUCCAAAGAGCUCUCGCCUAUCUUGCCACCGCACCGCCACAACCUGAAGCGCAGGCGCAACAGUAACAUGUAAAUUAGACUUUUGACACAUUGUGAUACGUAUACAUUUUGUAAUUUUAUACCAAUUAUAAUUAAUAUCAAAUUGUA